AUGGUUCUUAGAAGCCACCCCUUGCCCAGGCAAGAGAGGCCCCAAGCAAGUGCUCUAAGGGCAGCUCCAGUAAACCAUUCGGAUCCCAGCACUUCCACAUACUGUAAGGAUAGAAGCUCUGGUUCCCACUUGGAAGGGGCUGUUCCCAGCCUCCAGGACAGGCACAGCUCUUCUUUGGGGACAAUCACACAGGCAGGCACAGGAGGGCUGGCUGAGGCCGGAUGUCAGCCACAGCCAGUGAGCUUCAAGAUCAAUGGGGCUCCCACCCCUGGCCCACCUCCAGGCCCAGGAGGCAAUGGAAGCAAAGUGGACUCAUGGCCCGCAGCCGCACUGCUAGGGGCCCUCUCACAGCCUGCUGUGCAGGUACAGCCUGGCUGCAUGCCACAUCCCACUGUGAAGCAGGACUCCCAGUCUAUCCCCAGGCCCAGGAAACGCAGCAUGUGUGAGAUAGCACAGAGCUCAGAGGUGGUCAGCCAGACAGCCUCUGGGCAGCAGCAGGGGCAGGGGCCAGGGGAUGGAGCAGGUUGGGCAGGCAGCAGAGCAAUCCUCACAGAGAAGCAGAAAGAAGCUCAGAAACUUAUGGGUUUUCUGCAGAGGCCUGGGAGCUGGGGGGUGGUGGAGGGGCCCCGGAAUCCCCGCUCUCAAGCCUUGGAGUCUACCACAGCCACGGCUCUAUGGCCCCAGCGGUUAGAUCUGGACAAUUGCCUGGAGGUGCUGGCCUUUGCCCAGCAGCAUGGGGAGCCUGACCUGGCCCAGGAGACCUACGCCUUGAUGAGCAGCAACCUGCUGCGUGUGCUGGGUGACCCGCAUCUCUACCGCCAGCUAAGCGGGGCUGAGCGGGAGCGUAUCCUGGGCCUGCGGACUGGCCAGGGCCAGGCGGUGGUGGGGGCCCUUGUGCUGCCUAGCCUCUACCAGGUGGGCCGCUCAGGGCUUGUGAGGGGUUCUCAUGUAGAGGAGGCCCCUGAGACCCAGGUGGCGCCCACGCCUGCUCGCACACACCUGCAUGUGUUCGAUCCCCGAGAGAAUAUGUGGCGGCCCCUGACCCAGGUGCCUGAGGAGGCCCCACUCCGGGGCUGUGGCCUCUGCACCAUGUACAACUACCUGUUCCUGGCAGGCGGCAUCCGUGGCUCUGGUGUGAAGGCCGUCUGCUCCAACAAGGUUUUCUGCUACAACCCUCUGACCAACAUUUGGAGCCAGGUUCGGCCCAUGCAGCAGGCCCGAGCCCAGCUCAAGCUGGUGGCCGUGGAUGGGCUGCUUUAUGCUAUCGGAGGUGAAUGCCUGUACAGCAUGGAGUGCUACGACCCACGCACAGAUGCCUGGACCUCACGGGCGCCCCUUCCUGCGGGCACGUUCCCUGUGGCCCAUGAGGCUGUGGCCUGCCGUGGGGACAUAUAUGUCACAGGAGGGCACCUCUUCUACCGCCUGCUCAGAUACAGCCCUGUAAAGGACUCAUGGGAUGAGUGCCCCUACAGUGCCAGCCACCGGCGCUCCAGUGACAUGGUGGCCCUGGGGGGUUUCCUGUACCGCUUUGACCUGCUGAGGGGUGUGGGUGCGGCAGUGAUGCGCUACAACACAGUGACAGGCUCCUGGAGCCGUGCUGCCUCACUGCCACUGCCUGACCCUGCCCCGCUGCGCUGCGCUGUGCUGGGCAACACCAUCUACUGCCUCAACCACCAGGUCACAGCCACCUUCACGGUCUCUGAGGGGACUGCUCAGUUCCAGGCCAAAGAACUGCAGCCCUUUCCUCUGGGGAGUAAGGGGGUCCUGUGUCCGUUCAUCCUGACUCUGCCCUCCAAGGCCUGGUUGCAGACCUCACUCUGA